AUGGCGUGCGGAGAUUUUGACUCACUGGAUUUCAUUGCUUUCCAGGCAGAUGCUAGCAGAAAUAAGGUAGAUUCGUCAACAGAUUCUCUGGUAUUAUUCUGCAAAUCUUUUCCGAAUGAGGCUCGCGCCGGUGCGCUGUGAUGCGCAAAUUCUCUAGAGGGCGCUUAACGUAACUCUUCAGUAAGUAAAUCCUUUUAAUGCCGUAAAGCAGUUGCAGAAUUUCAGACAUAUUUUUCUAAGAAAGUAACGCCGGACAUUGUAAGAACUCUGUCGUCUUUUGCAAUCGCAGCCUGGGGACAGUGUGAGUGAAAGUGACACACCUUCGGAAUCAUAACAACAUGUACAGCUGUGUUCGCUAGAAACCAAAUUUUAAGCUUCUUCUCUUCAAGUUGGAUCGCCUAUGAACCAUGUUUACUAUUUGAUCUUGACAGAGAGAGGACGUUUUUUGAAAUCUUUUUUUACAAAAGAGCGAAAUCUUUACUUUUACAACCUCUUUGACGCUUUGAAUUUUUUGUUACUCAUCGAUCACUUUGCAGGGGUGUGACUUAACCUAGCUAGCAAAUCUGUCUUACAGUUCACAUGUAGAUUUAUUCAUUACACAUCUCUUUGGUCGUUCAAUCGAUUGUCAGUGUCACUGUCAGUAGCUAUUAAUUCCUUGGAUGCUUAUAAACCUUUGCUAGAGAACAUUGCUGGUUCUCCUUUUUUCGUCCCAAGCUAACGGAUCGCUUGAAAGGAAUGCUAGCAUAAACGGAAUGCAAAUGCCAUUUUGACUGGUGUGCGUUUGCAAUUGUUGAAGUGUCGUUUGUUUUGGUGGCAAGUGGUGUCAGUAAAUCAAAUAACUCGACGUGAAACUUCUGUACACACAGUCGUGAAGCUAAGGAAUAUUUAUCUAAAUUUUAGCCUAAACAUUCACUUCCUGGUUCAAAUCAGUGUGGAGCUAUAACAGAUUAAAUUUGGUUGUUCAAUUUUUGUUUGCAUUAAAUUUGCUUAGUUAGAGCGGUUUUCACUUGGCUGUCGUAAAACCAAAACCAAAGUAAAUACACUAGCCAACCAAAGGGCGUAGUAAAACCAAAACCAAAACCAAUUCCUCAAUUACUUUCGACAGUCAAGUGAAAACCACUCUAAUAUAAAUUAAUUGCAACUAAGUUGAUAGUCAUAAAAAUAACGAUAAUCCCGAAUAGUCAAGGAAGCAUGGCUUGGUGAUUUUGUAUCAGCCAGAAGAAAGAAUUCAUGGCAGAGUUAAUUUUUUAUGAUUCCAGAUAAAAGAUUGACUCGCAAAAAAGUUAUUGCUUUUAUUUCAAGAUGUAAUGAUUCUAUUUUCUUUUAUCAGAAUGCCAGAUUUGGUUUAUAGUAUAAUUUUUAUUCGCAUGACGUAGUUGACCUAAUCACAUUGAGAAUCAAUGAGGCUUUAAACUAAACAUGGUAUUAAUUUCACAGUGAUUUCAAAGUUACAUUGCUUAAUAAAUUGCUGUUGGGAUUCUUUGUGCUUGAAAACCCAGUCACAUUGAUUUAUUAUUAUAAUAAGCUGGACUGUACACAAUUGGAGCUUACAAAACCAGAAAAGCACUUGUGAAAUAACAAAGAAAGCCCAUGGCAUGGUUCAUUGCAUUCUCACGAACAGUUAACAUCCUGCGGAGGAAGUUGUACAUGUAGCAGGUUAUAAGUUCAUUAGUUACCAUAGGUCUGGAGGGAAUGAAUGCAGGAGUGUACCUGGGCGGGACAAGGAUAGCUGCCGAGUUUGGAUUAAAUGGUGCUGUCAAUUUCAACGACAGGAGUUUUUCUGUUUAAAACUGAAAACUAUGUUGAAUACCAAAUCUGAAAAACUUCUUUGUUGUAGGUUGGAAACCUAAAAACCAGUUCUUAUAAAAGGACAAUUGCACACCCCAAAAGAUAGGAAAAAAGCUCAUCCUCAAAAUGGCUAAAUUUGCAAAACCUUAAACCCCAAUGUCCCCCUCCAUAAUUUGUCAUGCUUAGCGGCAGUAACGUUUUUCACUUCAGAGAGAUUUUGGAAAUUGUGGUUAGUAGCGGAAUCUGAAGAAACACUCAGGGUGACCUCCCACUGUCUUCUUUUCUUUAAUCAAAACAGGACCCAUUUAAAGCAAGUGAAAUAGAAGGGAGCCAGUGUUUGGAUUGCAAGGAAAAUUGCAGAGGGCUUUCUGCUCAUCCAUGGAGGUUAGUCUGAAAUUAAGUUCUGUACAAUUUUCGGAGUGUUGAUCAAAUAUUAAAAAAAGGGGGUGCACAUGUCGAUUCAGUUGUUUCAAUAUCCUGAACAUAUGUCUGUUGAUAGCUGUAGGUAGAAGAAAUGUCUUAUUUGGCUUCCCCAGGGCGGUUGCUAAGGAUUGAGGGCUGGGGAUUUUCCAUGGCUACUAUUAGCAUGACCUCCAGCUACUUUCAUAGGAAAUAAAAGUAAAAUUAUGGAAGCAAAAAAAUUCAUAGUUCCAUUUGCCGCCUACUAAUUGCAUUUACAGUGGAACCUUGAUAUAAAGAGCCUCCAUAUAACAAAGUAUUGCUCCAGUGGUGAUAUGAGAUGACACUAGUUCACGUACUGAUGUUUAUUUCUUUUCUUAACCUUACUUCCGUAAACACCGUGAGAACUUGUUGAUGUCCUUAAAUCACUAGGACAAGGAAAACUUCUUGGCUUCUUGAAAUGGUUGACAAAAAACUUGUGUCAACUAACCGCAAAAACAAAAAACUUAUCCUUUUAAUAACAAAAUUGCAUGGCACUUUUGCGUGUGUCCUAGCUUGCAUUAGAAGGAACUUUCUAGUUAAAUCUAGAAAUUGUGUUAGCGUGCGCAUGAAGACAACAAAGAUUUCAGAUAAAAAAUAAGUCGAUUAAAUGUGUGGCUAAUUGCUGUAGUUACAAAGUCCGCAGUAUGAUGAACGAAUUUAGUACUCUAGUAAUAGUAAAAAUAUAUGUGAAAAAGAACCUCGAUAUAACAAAACCUCGUUACAGCGAACAAAUUUUGCCAGCCCCUUGGGCCUUCACUAUAUUUUGAGGUUCUGCUGUACCCAGCAAUUUAAAAUUUUAGCAACAGGUCUACUUCUCUCAUCUCAUCAUAUUUUCAAAGUUUUAGGUUUGAGAUUCUAUUAUCUCCAUUUGCUGGUAGGUUUCUUCUUUUAUGUGCAUUAACUGACCAGCUGUCUAUUUCAGGAAUUAAGGCAUCUAAACUGUUCAUUGCUUACAUCAAUAUGUUCUUAAUUUCCAGGAAGUAUUGCAUUUUCUGCAAGUGCCCAGUUGAAUGUCAUGACAUACCACAAAAUAGCAGUUACCAAAAUUUGCCAGAAGACCGCAUGUGUGUUGAAGAGAAGCCACCAAGAUCUUCAUUAGCCAAAGUGAAGGGUGCACAUUCUGAGGGUUAUGAGUGGGUACCAGCUGGUCUGUCAAGUGGCCAGGUAUGUGCUGUCGUGUAUUAAAAUACUGUCAACUGUCCCAUAACUGACAGUGAUAAGAUUGGAUGUGUCCCUGAUACAGACACCUAGAGUUCUCGAGUCCAUCAGCUGUUCUUCAGGUUUUUUUUACUCUGCAGGCGGGGACACCUUUCCAAGAUAAAAUCAGUAACAAAAUUGUUGAGACAUUGUACUCAAAUAGGGUAACUUCGAAGACCAAAAGAAUCCACACCCCUCCCCUGUCCCCUCUAUUCAAAGAUGGUGUGUUUGUUGUUUUCUAUAGGUAGCUCAAACAGCAGUACAACAUUGCAUGGAGGGGAUUGAGGGAGGAAAAGGUAUAUUUUCCCCUUUUGAAGUCAGGAACACCUCGAAGUGUCUCAACUCAUUUUGUUGCCGAUUGUAGUUACUUAGUCACAGCCCUAACAGUGUCUGUCUUAAGAGACAGGUGACUGUAUCAUAUAAAUGGGGCUUGAAAAAAGUCCCGACUCAGGGUGUAAAGGAAGUCAGUUUUACAGCCUGCCAUUUGAGAAAGCUGUAGCUCGCAUGUACUAGCCCACAAGUCAUGUCAGCUAGCCCCAAAACCCUUUUUGAUUAGCAGGAUUGAUUACAAACCUUCUGUAAAUUGAAUUUCCCCCCAAAACACCACUUUCUCGUCAGGCAAGUUAAGAACAAAAAACACUAGUCCGAUAGCAAAAUCCACUAGCCCUGGGCUAUCGGACACCACUUUCUUUGCAUGCUGCAACUGGUAGUCCAGUACAAGCAGAUCUUCUUCCGGGGCAAGUACAUGUAACUUUUUAAGUUUACUUGCCUGAUGGGCAAGUCAAAGCAAGUCAUCUUCUAACUAGAUCAUUAACUAAGAUGACCAAAAAGUGACCCCAGGCAAGCAAAUAUGUGAGGUGCUUGCUCAAAGGGCCAUCUGUAAUUCAAGUUUUUUUCAAGCCCUGAUAAGGCCAAUAUUUUUGUGAAGGCUUUCUGAAGAGUUAUGAACUUCUCACAAAAAGGAGUUUGCGGUAAAACGACUUGAAAGUGUGAUCAUUCACUUUUACAUUUUUGCUCGCAUUGUUGCUAGCUCAUUACUUUUCUACACAUUUCUAACAAAUAUGACACUCAGGGCUUAAAAUUUUUAAAAUGGUGUGAGAAAUUGAUUGGACGGGUGAGUGAAUAUAAGAUCGAUCAAAAUUUUAUUCUUGAUCCACAGACGUGGGACAUGAGAGUUGUUAGGUAUACACUCUUUUCAUGAUUAUUUUAUUGUGUUGUUUAUUCAUUUGUUUUAUUUGUUUAUUAAGAUCAAAGACUUUAUGUCCAAACUUCCUCAUGGUAAGGUUCCAAAGCUUGACUCUCAAGGUUCAAGGUACAGGGUAAAACAGCUUGUUUAUCAGAUGCCACUGCAGGAUUUUUCAAGCAAACACUGUCGCAAAUUAACCCUGGAUCAAAAGAUGGCGAUGGAUGACAUGUGCACCAAGAGAAUUGAAAAGGCGUUGGGAGUUGGUAAGAAUGUUGUUUUCUUCACUAGCUGAUACUUACCUCCAUGCAAAAUCCAUGGUUUUUUGUUGUCACUAGAGAUAAGUCACUCAAGUCAUGCUAUCAAAUGAAUACUUUUUUGAUAUAGGCCAAGUGCUUUUCUUCAUAUGCUUGUCUUGUGCAAGCUAGCUACCUUACUGACACUGUAAGUCACCAGAGGCAUCUCAUUUAACAUGUUGCACACUGUAAGAACAGUGCAAAAACCAGUGAAGUUGCCUUUUUUGGUUGAGAAUGUUGAUGAGUUUCCUGUUUAAAAGCAAAUAAAUUGAAAUAAAUUGUGGACUACUGAUGGAAAUGUUCUGGAGAUUAAAAUCAAGAAGAAUUAUCAGGAACAAGUUGGAGAUUUGUUUACCUUGCUUGCAUUUUCCCUACUUUAAAUUAAUCUGAUAGAGAUUUGUUAACCUGUUGUGUUUGCAAAAACAUAUUAGAGCACUUCAUCAUAUAGCCACUAAUGAAAUAUCAGGUGAGCUUUGGUGUAAACAUGAUAUCUACACAUGUAAAAAUAACAUGUUAUCUUCGCAUAGGAAAAGGUCACCAUUGCUGUGGCCAUGUUACAGGUCAAAUUUGAUUUCAGCUUAAAUUUUUUUAACGUAGGUUGAUUAUCAAUUUCCUUUGUCUCUUAGCUCCAAUUAUUCAUGAAUUAGGGAUAGGAAACAAAGGAAAUUAACCCUCUAAGCCCCAAGAGUGAUCAAGCAUCAAAUUUCUCUUUGCAAAAUCAAUGCUGUGUAAAACAGAGUGGUCAUGAGAAUUAUGGACAUGAUCACACAAGAUGAAUUUGCUUGAUAUUUUGUCAACUUCUCCUCACUACUUCUGUAGGAAAUGAAUGAGGGCAACAAAUGAGAAUUCAAAUUUUGAUCUUAGGGUUUAAAGGGUUAAGAAUCAACUUAGGUUAAAUCAAAAUUAACCUGCAAUCAAAUUUGACCUGUAGCAGCUACAUAAUAAAUUGUGCCUUUUUCAGCAGAAAAAAAAAAAUUAAAGUGACAUAGCAUGGUUGGGUAUUUCAUUGGUCUUAACCCAUUAAGUCCCAAUGGUGACCAACAUCAAUUUUCUCCUAACGAUAUCCAUACAAUGUCAUGAGAUUUGGUUAUGAGAAUUAAUAAAAUGAUCACCUAAGUAAAAAUGCCUUGAUCUUUUAUCAAAUUCUCUCAACACAUUCUUUAUGGAAAUGUAUAGAGAUCAGUUUGGAGAAAUUGUAUGAGGAUAUUGGGGCUUAAAGGGUUAAAAUAAUAUAAACAUUACAUUACAUUUUGUAAUAAAUAGAACAUUGCAUGGCCGCUUUGAGAUGUGAAAUUUCUCUUCUUGCGUUCAAAAAUAUUUCACUUGUUGGUUGUGCUGACACUCAUGAAAUCUUUUCCACACUCGAAAAGAAAUUUUUUUGUCUCCACACAGCCAUGUAAUUUCCUCUCUAUGUCUGUGAACAAAAAAAGCACUAGAUUAGUUUGUGUUAAACAAGUAGAGUCUUUUAUUUUAUUAUUUAUAUACACUUGAGAAUCAUGUAGGUUGAUUAUUUUUCUAUGUACUUUAGGGGCAGUAAAAGCCAGUCUUACAAUGCCAGCAGCUUGUGAAAAAUGCAGUAUGCCCAUGAACUUUGGAGAGAUGGCUAUCUUCACAUUCCGUGCUGGACCUGAAAUUUGUUGGCAUGUGCAGUGUUUUGUCUGCAGUGAAGACAGUGAGUUGCUGGUUGAUCAUAUUUACUGCUGGGAUACAGAUAAUAAAAAGCUUUAUUGUCCAAGGCAUUGGAGUGAGUUCUUGAAGCCUCGAUGUGCUGGAUGUGAAGAGGUAUGUUUCAGUCACCGGAAGGGCUAUGCUAUAGCAGUGCAGUACANGUUGCUGGUUGAUCAUAUUUACUGCUGGGAUACAGAUAAUAAAAAGCUUUAUUGUCCAAGGCAUUGGAGUGAGUUCUUGAAGCCUCGAUGUGCUGGAUGUGAAGAGGUAUGUUUCAGUCACCGGAAGGGCUAUGCUAUAGCAGUGCAGUACAUCCGGAGGGGAAAGUGGUGGGAAUGGUGGGAAUGGUGGGGUUGGUAGAGCAAUAUUUGAGUAUAGGUGAGCCGCUGUGGGUUUGAAGCCCUGACUUUGUUUAGGACCAAAAAACCCUAAUUUACUUACUGUGCUUAGGACAGCACCCUCAAUUUUAUUACCUUACAAGAAAAUCAGGGUCUGAAAUUACGCCUUCCUGGUAGCCAAUGCGACUAAAAAGUCAGCACUGGCAACCAGAUUUUCAUAUCUGGUCGCAAGCAGCAGCUUGUAAUUUGUGGACUUUCACGUUCAGAGAAAAUGAUAAACAAUUGAAAGCUCAAAGCUAUUUGCCAACAGGUGUCUUUUUGUCUUAAAAGUGAAACAAAACUUCCUGUAAAAAUACCUCCACAACAGCUACGAUCAAUAUGAGUUUCAAGAACAUUUCCAAGCCGCCAUGUUGUUUUCAGCUGAAAUACGGUAAGUAUGUAACUUAAAUCUAACUUAUGUAUGUGUAACGAUACUGUGGCCAUAUUUCCACGGUUGUGGCCUGGUACGAGCAACAUGGCGGCUUGACUUGUGUUUUAAUAUGUUCCAUGUUUCGUGGUAGUUAUGAUGUCGGAAGAAAGUAGAGUUUUGAUAUGAUCAGUGCAGUUGUGGGCAGAUAGCUUUCUGUUCCUUCGUUCUAGGUCAGAUAACUUUAUAGCAAAAAGUAAUUUGUGGAAAAAAAAUAAGACUUCACUCGUACAUGUACAGUUGUUUUCUGGUAUCCGGUGCGGAAGUAGUGCAAUUUUUGAGCAUAAAAACGUCCAUACCAUGCAUUUUUUGUUCAUCUUAAAACUUUUAGUCGAAAAAAGGGGAGGAGUAAUUUUUGGCGACCACUAUUUGCCCUCUGGUGACCAAAAAUUUAUACUUGAUUGCCAGUUGGAGCCCGUACUAAAAAGUUAAAUUCGAACCCUGAAAAUGUGUAGCAUCCUGGGAGGAGGAGGCAGUCCAGAGAGUAAAAUGGCAAGGACUCUUGGGAAGGCUAUGUCAGCCUUAGAAGAGCAGCACCAGCAAGAAUAUCAGUGUGCACAUGUCUGACGACACUCGGCGGCUACUUCAAGCAUUUUCCAAUGCAACAAUUGUCAGCAUUACUGCAGAUCCCGAGCGGGUCUGACUGCCCACACCAGAGCCUGUUUAAGAUAGGCCUCAACUCAAAUACAAGACAGUCAUCUUCGGCAAUGAGGGACAGCCAUUAUUAUUAUUACAUCAUCCUACUGUAAAGUCAUUUAUUGGCAUUUACAAUAUUGAGCAAAUGUUAUGGUCAUUUCUUUUGUAUACAUGUAUGUGGUGUGCUAUAAAAGAAGUUUCAUCAAGCACACAAAUCAAUCAUGCAGGCAAUACCCUGCAUAUAUAAUUUAUUAGGACAGACUCAAGCAAAAUGUUCUUCCCUAUUUCGGACACAGAGAACAAAAACCAUACCCUGUCCAGCGUUGUAUCCCUCCCCCUUGAAUAGAUAGUGGUUCCUGGCAACUUGCUUUACGUUGGGGUGAAAAUGAAAUCUUAAGAGCAACAGUCAGGAAAAAUCGACCAAAAUCUUAAUUUCGUGGCAAGAGUUGAAAAAUGAAUUUCUUUCAUUUUUUGUUCAUAGAAAGCUUUUAGGUAGAUAAGAAACCUAAUAUAGAUUGUUUCCUCCAAAAGCCUUUUAUUUGUAAGAAAAACUAGAAGAUCGGUUUUCGAUGUCGGAGUCUCAGACUGCCCUAAUUUUUAACCUGAAAUUCGCAGUAACGUCAACAUUCCUCACGUUCGCAAACAAAGCUGUAUGAAGAAAUUUGGACACUUUCCACGAACAGAAAAAUUAUUUUUCUUCCACUAGAACAUAUUUUCAGGGCAAUAGCGUAGCUCGUCGUACUGAAAUAAUUCAAAAAUGAGGGAUAGGUUUUCAGGAUAACAAAAACUUAAGUUCGUUACUCAUUAUCGACCGCAAUAUUUAACAUGUGGUAUAACUCCAAAUUCUCUUCACGCUAUUUAAAUCACACAUUUAGACAUUCAUUAAAAACAUACCUGGGAAUUGGCUUGGGUUAUUGAAGGAAAUCUCUGUAAGACACCAUCGAAGUUCAGGAAUUUUCAUGGUAGGCCGAAGGUUAUUGUGUAAACACUUCCAAUUUCGAAAUGCACAAAAGUAGAAACUUACAGCCUAAAGGCUUAUUUUUUGUAGUUCUUGUAGGUUUCCCCAUUGCAAAGUUGCUUAUUUCAAUCAAAGAGUGGAGUAAAAAGGUGAAACUGGGUCAAUUUUAGCCAUUUUGAGACACUGAACUCUACCAGCCGGCGACUCGGCGUGACAAUCUCUUCCGUGACAGCACCUGUCAUAACGUACGUUUGAAGAGACGGUGCCGUCAAAAUGACAGUCACGGAAUCACGGUAGUAACGCAACCCAAUUCUUGAAAGAGUAACAUUUUUGGUGCCGACAGUAUUUUGAAGAAGAAAAAUAUCAAACGCCCUAGUAAUCUGGUGCUCACUUUUUAUUGAAAAAUAAGGGCUUUAACAAUGGUAAUUCGCUAAGGAUGACGGAACAGGAAGAUAUUUCGUCCUGUUACUUUACGAUCGAGGAAACCUUGGAGCCGUUAAAUAAGUUGUUUUGGUCACGCUUCACUAUAUUUACCCGACUUCGAUGCUUUCGUUUGAAGGCUGCUUUUAGGAACCCAAGCCAAUUCUCAGUUAUGUUUUAGAUGAAUGUCUAAAUGUGUGAAUAAACGAGGACUGGGAAAAUUUGGAGCUAUACCACAUGAAGAAUAAUGUCACAAAAAACAACUACUAAAUUAGAGUUUUUGUCACCGUAAAAACCUGUUCUUCGUUUUUGAAUUAUGUCAGUUCAACGAGUCUCGAUAUUGCUUUGAAAGUACCUUCUAUUGAAAGAAGAAGAGUUGUUCUGUUGAUGGAAAGUGUCCAAAUUUCUCCUUGCGCCUUUAUUUGCGAACGCGAGGAGAGCUGAUGUUAGCAAAUUUCGGGUUGAACAUAUGGCCAUUUUGAGACUCCGACCACGAAAACUGAUAUUUUAACUUUUCUCGAAAAUAAAAGGCUUUUUGCGAGAACAACUUACAUCAGAUAACUUAUCUACCUAAAAACUAUUUACGGACAAAAAAUGAAAGAAAUCGAUUUUUCAACACUUGCCACUCGAUGGUUGAUAUUUCCUGACCGUUAAUUUUUGCACACAACUUAAGUGCGGGCUAACCUAGUUUAGGAGUUUGGGGCACCCAGCAAUUUCAGCGUCAAUUAACAAUGACUUCAUAUAUCCAGUAAAAUUAAUACAAACAUUAACAGUUAACUAGAAGGUAUAUGUAAGGGUUUAAAGGAGGCACUUAUUUAAUAUUUUUAUCCUCAAGGGGGUGCUUAUUUGGGGAGGGUGCAUAUUUGAAGGAGAAAUUCAAGUAUCUACCAGGGCUGUCAUUAAGAGCCUGGGGCCAGGGAUUGUCCCCCGCUACUACAUGUAUAAACAUGACCCCACCUAUUUUUGUAGGAAAUUAUAGAAGAAAAAUAUUACCAAAAGAAAUCCUUAGCUGUUUGAUUCCUUGCCUAUACUUAUUACUUACCCGGCAGGCUGCUUGAAAUCUUUGUGACAGCCCUGAUUAACAGUGAGACCUUUUUCUUUCCUUUCUAUAGUUGAUCUAUGUUGGUGAAUAUUCACAAGCUAUGGAUCAAAACUGGCACCCAGGACACCUCUGUUGUUUCUAUUCUGCUGGGAUACAGAUAAUAAAAAGCUUUAUUGUCCAAGGCAUUGGAGUGAGUUCUUGAAGCCUCGAUGUGCUGGAUGUGAAGAGGUAUGUUUCAGUCACCGGAAGGGCUAUGCUAUAGCAGUGCAGUACACCCGGAGGGGAAAGUGGUGGUGGUGGGAAUGGUGGGGUUGGUAGAGCAAUAUUUGAGUAUAGGUGAGCCGCUGUGGGUUUGAAGCCCUGACUUUGUUUAGGACAAAAAAACCCUAAUUUACUUACUGUGCUUAGGACAGCACCCUCAAUUUUAUUACCUUACAAGAAAAUCAGGGUCUGAAAUUACGCCUUCCUGGUCGCCAAUACGACUAAAGAGUCAGCACUGGCAACCAGAAUUUCAUAGGCGACCUGUAAUUUGUGGACUUUCACUUUCGGAGAAAAUGAUAAACAAUUGAAAGCUCAAAGCUAUUUGCCAACAGGUGUCUUAAUUUUUGUCCUGCUGAUAUUUUUAAUUAAAAGUGAAACAAAUCUUCCUGUAAAAAUACCUCCACAACAGGUACAGUCAAUACGAGUUGAACAUUUCCAAGCCGCCAUGUUGUUUUCAGCUGAAAUAUGGUAAGUAUGUAACUUAAAGAUAACUUAUGUAUGUGUAAUGAUACUGUACCCUUUUCUCCACGGUUGUGGCCUGGUACGAGCAACAUGGCGGCUUGACUUGUGUUUUAAUAUGUUCCGUGUUUCGUGGUAGUUAUGAUAUCGGAAGAAAAUAGAGUUUUGAUAUGAUCAGUGCAGUCGUGGGCAGAUAGCUUUCUGUUCCUACGUUCUAGGUCAGAUAGCUUUAUAUCUCCAAAAAGUAAUUUGUGGAAAAAAAAUAAGACUUUGAACACUCGUACACGUACAGUUGCUUUCUGGUAUCCGGUGUGGAAGUAGUGCAAUUUUUGAGCAUAAAAACGUCCAUACCAUGCAUUUUUUGUUCAUCUUUAAACUUUUAGUUGCAAAAAGGAGAGGGGAAAUUUUUGGCAACCACUAUUAAAAUAAUACUUGAUUGCCAGUUGGCUGCUGUAUUAAAAAGCUAAUUUCGGACCCUGAAAAUGUAUAGCAUCCUGGGAGGAGGAGGCAGUCCAGAGAGUAAAAUGGUGCGGACUGUUGAGGAAGGCUACGUCAGCUGUAGAAGAGCAGCGCCAGCAAGAAUAUCAGUGUGCACAUGUCUGAUGACACUCGGCAGCUACUUCAAGCAUUUUGCAAUGCAACAAUUGUCAGCAUUACUGCAGAUCCCGAGCGGGUCUGACGGCCCACACCAGAGCCUGUUUAAGAUAGGCCUCAACUCAAAUACAAGACAGUCAUCUUCGGCAAUGAGGGAGAGCCAUUAUUAUUAUUACAUCAUCCUAUUGUAAAGUCAUUUAUUGGCAAUUACAAUAUUGAGCAAAUGUUUUGGUCAUUUCUUUUGUAUACAUGUAUUUGGUGUACCAACAAGUUUCAUCAAGCACACAAAUCAAUCAUGCAGGCAAUACCCUGCAUAUAUAAUUUAUUAGGACAGACUCAAGCAAAAAGUUCUUCCCUAUUUUGGGCAAAAAGAACAAAAACCAUACCCUGUCCAGCGUCAUAUCCCUCCCGCUUGAGUAGACAGUGGUUCCCUGCAACUUGCUUUACGUUGGGGUGAAAAUGAAAUCUUAAUUUUUGCACACAACUUAAGUGCGGGCUAACCUAGUUUAGGAGUUUGGGGCACCCAGCAAUUUCAGCGUCAAUGAACAAUGACUUCAUAUAUCCAGUAAAUACAAACAUUAACAGUUAACUAGAAGGUAUAUGUAAGAGUUUGAAGGAGGCACUUAUUUAACAUUUUUAUCCUCAAAGGAGUGCUUAUUUGGGGAGGGUGCAUAUUUGAAGGAGAAAUUCAAGCAUCUACUAGGGCUGACAUUAAGAGCCCGGGGCCAGGGAUUGUCCCCGGCUACUACACGUAUAAACAUGACCCCGCCUAUUUUUGUAGGAAAUUAUAGAAGAAAAAUAUUACCAAAAGUUAGCUGUUUGAUUCCAUGCCUAUACUUGUUGCUUACCCGGCAGGCUCCUUGAAAUCUUUGUGACAGCCCUGAUUAACAGUGAGACCUUUUUCUUUCCUUUCUAUAGUUGAUCUAUGUUGGUGAAUAUUCACAAGCUAUGGAUCAAAACUGGCACCCAGGACACCUCUGUUGUUUCUAUUGUGAUGAAUCCCUGUCAGCACAAAAAUUUGUCACAGUUGAUAAAAACCCAGCUUGCGUCAAGUGCUAUGACAAGAAUUUUGCCAAUAAUUGUGAGAAUUGCAAGAAGCCUAUCGGUCCUGGCGCCAAAGAUGUUGACGUCCGUGGAAGACAUUGGCAUGAAGAAUGCUUUGUUUGUUCACAGCCGGAUUGCGAGAAACCAUUGGUAUGUGAACCUUCACUUGCCCCUAUAUUAUUACAAAUUAUCUUAGUAGCUUAGUUUUUACAUAAUGAAUUGCCUAGGGCAUUUACUACAAUUAAUGCAGCACUUCAAAGGGGUGUAGAUUUGCAUUGGGCAAGGACGUGUUAUUUUGAAUAGAAGCAUUUAAUAGAAGAAUAAGAACAUGAUAAUUUUAAAUUAAAGCUAUUUUGUAUAUUUGUUAGAAUUCUGAGACUGUGUGGAAUGUUUUGUAAAAUUCCCCUCCCCUAUGAUUUUGAUUGAAAAUUUUUGGAAAAAAUGUGGGGCUUACACGGUGGUUUAUUGAAAGUGCCCCCGAUUUUUAAUUAGGUUCAGUUUUAUUUUGUAAAUUACAUGACCAGAGUGCAAGGAAAGUCGUGUCCGAUAGCCCGGAGCUAGUGGAUUUUGCUAUCGGGCUAGUGAUUUUUGGAGUUCUUAACUUGCCCGACAGGCAAGAGCUGUUUUUUGGGGAGAUUCAGUUACAGAAGGAUUGUAAUCAAUCCUGCUAAUGAAAAAGGGUUUUGGGGCUAGUUGAAAUGACUUGUGGGCUAGUACAUGCUAGCUACAGCUUGUCCGAAUGGCAGGCUGUAAAACUGACUUUCUUUGCACCCUGAUGACAUUCCUUUGCAGCUUAAUCAGGGUUUCACCUUUAAGGAUGAUAAACUCAUAUGUCAUCCUUGUCGUGGAAUUACACCAUCCAAAGUGUGUGAAGCAUGUGGAGGUGAUUUUGCACCAGGCGAGAAAAAGGUUGGAUAUCAGAGCAAAACUUUCCAUGAGAAAUGCUUUACUUGUGAUGAGUGUAAACAACCUAUUGGGACACAGCAGUUUAUCAGGAGAGAAGACAAGCGCUUGUGUGGCUCCUGUUUUGAUACUGGUUAUGCUAAGGUGAGCAAAAUAAAUUUUUGAAUGAGUUCAACUUAAAUGGGUUGGUAUUGGACAUGGAAAACCUGGAAAGUCAUUGAAUUUGACAAUUAUUUCAUUUUCCAAGCCUGGAAAGUUAUGAUUUUUAUUGUCCAUCAUGCAUGGAAAUUCUGGAAAAUUAAAGUUCUGAAGGGUAGGUUAAUCACUUUUCAGUAACGCAGAUGUUUAGCAAGGACGAAAUAGAACAAAGAGUUAUUAAUAAACAACAGGAACAGCCUGCAUUUUAGCAGUCACCAGGAGUUGUGUCUGUUGAAUUGAAAUGUGUCAGGAAAUACCAGAAAACAAGGAUAGUUAGGAAAAUUUUUGAAAGUGACCACUAAAUUGUGGAAGGUCAUGGUUUUGUAAUAGAUUAACAGAAUAAUAUUAUUUAGUCAGUUAACUAUGUUGUGAACUGACUCCCUGUACAUGUUUACACUGAUCUGAGGAUCAGAUCUGAGGUGUUCCAAGGUGACGUCACAUGUAUUUUCUGUGUUUUAACCAGUUUCUCUGUAUGCGGAUGGAGUUUAACCAUUCACACUUCAGUUGCCCAAACCUGCCUGUGUGGAUCCACAUGCCUUCUUUCACUGGUAGCACAUCAGUUUAAAUAGUCCUAGACAACUUUGACCCCUAACUUUUGCAGGGGGAAAAGACCUUAAUUUCAAUCUUAAUAAAGUACCGUUUGAUCGUUGUACUCUUUCAGAUUUGUGUUAAGUGUAAAGAGCCCAUUAAGUCCUCCUCAGUGAAGCAUGACGGCAAUUCUUACCACUCGGAGUGCUUUGUCUGUUCCAUGUGUUCACAACCUCUUGCCGGAAAACCAUUCACCAAACAUGAAGGCAGCAAUAUCUGCCAAGAUUGUUACCGCAAUAGUUAUGCCAAGAGAUGUGCGGCCUGUCAGGAGCUCAUAGAAGGAAGUGUCAAGUUUGUAGCUUAUGAUGAGAAGUUCUUUCACCGAGAUUGCUUCACUUGUUCAAAAUGUGGCCUUGCAUUGGCUGGGGAGAAGUUUCGUGUGUUGUCUAAUGAGAAAGUUUGCAUCAAUUGUAGCUUGUAA